AUGAUAAUUCAAGAAAUUAUACAAGCUGGUCCUAUGGUUACAAAAGAGCAUAGAAACUUGUUGAAUGCUCCAUAUACUGCUCAUGAAGUGAAGAAUGCCUUAUUCUCUAUCCCAGGGUCUAAGGCUCUUGGUAAAGGUGAAUUUGCUUCAAUAAAUUUAAUGCUCAAGGCAUUUAAGUUAUUCUCAGAAACAUCAGGUUUGCAAGCAAAUAUACACAAGUCUGCUCUCUACACUUUUGGGAUGCCAGAAGAGGAAGUUCAGAGAGUUGUUGCUACUUCAGGUUUUACUAGAAGUUCACUACCUUUCAGCUUGAUUCAGCUGUAUUUGAAAUCUCGAAAAAAUGUAGAUGCAUAUCAGUUGUUUGAGGAAAUGCCCAGUAGAGACAGAACGUAUUUUGACUUCGUUGUUCGUGGGUUCGGGUCUGCUCGAUUCUUUGAGGAAACGUUAGUUAUUUUUGAGGAAGAGAUUGUAUCGGGUUUUGUCCCUUGUCCAGAAUCAGCUCGCCAAGCUAUAGUUGCAUGUGGUGAACUGAAAAGAUUGGACAAGGGAAAGUGGGUGCAUAAUUUUGUUGUUCAUAAUGGAUUGGAAAAGAAUGUUAUUAUCUGCAAUUUGUUGAUGUCGAUGUAUGUUAAGAUGGGUAAGAUGGAAUUGGCACAUAGUACUUUUGAUACAAUGGAAGUCAGAGACUUGGUUUCUUGGAACACAUUGAUCACAGGAUAUGCACAAUGUGGGAGUUGGGUGAAAGCUUUAGAUAUUUACCUGGCCAUGAAGGAAUCUGGAGACGACGUUCAUGACAAUGUUACCCUUUUAGGCCUGGUUUUUGCUUGUGGUCAGGCUCGAAAUCUUACCCAAGGAAUGAGUGUUCAUGGACACUGUAUACGGGCAGGGUUAUUAUCAGAUUUUCGUCUGGGAACGGCCAUUCUUGACAUGUAUGCAAAGUGCGGGAAUAUAGAGUUUGCUGAGAUGUUAUUUGAAGAAGAGGUGUUUGAAAAGAGCUUGGUUUCCUGGAAUUCACUUAUUUCUGGUUUUUCUAAAGCUGGAUUUUAUCAAAGGGCAGUAAUGUUUUUCAAGAAAUUGUUUAUGCAUUCAAAUUUUAAGCCUGACUCGUUUACUCUGGCAAAUGUCAUACCUGCAUAUUCCUGUCUAGGAUAUAUUGACGGAAUAAAAUCUAUCCAUGCACUAAUUGUGAAGAAAGGCCCUGAUAUGGGAGUUGAUGUUGUUCUAGGUACUGCUAUGGUAGACGCAUAUGGAAAAUGCUCUAAUUUAGCAGCAGCAGAAGGGUUAUUCUAUAGCAUCAAAGAGGCUGAUACUCCGACGUGGAAUUCUAUGCUUGCAGGAUAUCAUCUGAAUGAUUAUGCUGAUCAUGGUAUACUGCAUUUUCAAAAAAUGCUCAAAACCCAGAUUCAACCGGAUACAAUUACAAUGACCCUACUUCUGCAAGUGUGUGGACUGCUAGAGUCGUUGAAGGUAGGAAACAUGGCUCAUGGAUGUGUACUUACUAGAGGUUUUACUUCCAAUCUGAUGGUGGAAAAUGCAUUGUUGGACAUGUAUAUAAAGUGCAAAUCUGUGGAGAACUCGGAACGACUUUUUGCACUGAUAAUUGUCAAAAAUAUUGUGACAUGGAACACUAUGCUAUCUGGAUAUGUCAAGAUUGCUUCUUACACAAGUACCAUGAAAAUGUUCUCCCAGAUGCUUUUGGAAUGCGGGAGUGUGCCUGAUUCUGUAACAAUUAUCUCUCUCAUCCAAGCAUCUGCAGCUUGUUCAACCAGUCAUGGUACAGAUAUGGCUAAUGCAUUUGUCACAAAACUUGGCUUUGAUUCUGAGACGAUGGUCGUGAAUUCACUGAUAGAUGCAUAUGCAAAGAAUGGUUUUAUAGACACUGCAAGUUCUAUUUUUGUUCAUAUGGGUCGAAUCAGAGAUCAGUGGUCUUGGAAUGUAAUGAUUGCUGGAUGUGGAAUGAAUGGCGAGGCAGAAAAGGCUUGUAAGCUUCUUCUUCUAAUGGAUGAAUAUGGUUGUGAACCUGAUUUCAUUACGUUCACUGCUUUGCUUUCGGCUUGUGCCCAUUCUGGCAUGAUUGAUGAAGGUUGCAAGUAUUUUGAUCUAAUGUUAAACAAAUACAAAAUUCAACCAAGUUUAGAGCAUUGGACUUGCAUCAUUAACAUGUUUGGAAGAGCUGGAAGAUUAGAAGAAGCAUACAAACUGGUUAUAAGCAGUCAACAUCCUGAACUCUGUGGUGUUAAUCCUGCUGAUUCUGCUGCUAUAUGGGGUGCUUUUAUGGAUGCAUGUGGGAUGUACAAGAACAUAGAACUCGGUGAAAUGGCUGGGAGAAAGCUACUACAGAUGUCACCCCAAAACAGUGGCUAUCAAAUAUUGUUGUCGAACUUAUAUGCUUCAACUAUGAGAUGGGAUGAAGCAAUGAACACAAGACAAGUAUUUAAUGAUGGGAGUUUGGUGAAGGAAACAGGUAUUAGUUCAGUCAGCAGCAAUUUGACCAAUGAGCUGCGGACAGUGCUCAAGGCUAUAGACGCUGUUGUUGCCAGUCAGAAGGGUGAAAAUCUUACAGGAGCCCAAUCAGAGGUAAGACAAGUAGACAAUCAUGGGAGGCUGUUACUGAACUGGGGCGAUGCUACCUGCUUCUAA